AUGGCGCUCGACAAUUACUACCACAACAAGAUAGAGGCGAUGAAGCUUGAGAUCCUCAAGGGUCAGGCUGUACUCCGAAGACUCGAGGCUCAGAGAAAUGACUACAACUCAAGGGUACGACUACUGCGGGAGGAGUUGGGCUUGCUUCAACAGCCUGGUUCCUACGUCGGCGAAGUUGUCAAGGUGAUGGGCACAAAAAAGGUCUUGGUCAAGGUACACCCGGAGGGCAAAUACGUCGUCGAUAUCGCCGAUAGCGUAGACAUCACAAAGCUCACAGUGGGCAAGCGUGUAACCCUCCUGUCGGACAGCUACAAGCUCGAAAAGAUGCUGCCAUCUUCCGUCGACCCACUCGUCUCUCUCAUGAUGGUCGAGAAGGUUCCCGACAGCACAUACGACAUGAUCGGUGGUCUCGAUCAGCAAAUCAAGGAAAUCAAGGAAGUCAUCGAGCUGGGAUUGAAGCACCCAGAACUUUUUGAGAGUCUGGGUAUCGCACAGCCCAAGGGCGUCCUGCUCUACGGCCCGCCCGGUACGGGAAAGACGCUGCUGGCAAGAGCGGUCGCGCAUCACACCGACUGCAAGUUCAUCCGUGUGUCUGGCAGUGAGUUGGUGCAAAAGUACAUUGGUGAGGGUAGCCGAAUGGUGCGCGAGCUCUUCGUCAUGGCGCGGGAGCAUGCGCCUUCCAUCAUCUUUAUGGACGAAAUCGAUUCCAUCGGAUCAUCUCGUGUCGAGGGCACUAGCGGUGGCGACUCAGAGGUGCAGCGUACCAUGUUGGAGUUGCUCAACCAGCUGGAUGGAUUCGAGCCCACCAAGAACAUCAAGGUCAUCAUGGCGACGAACCGACUCGACAUCCUGGACCCUGCACUCCUGCGACCUGGUCGUAUCGACCGCAAGAUCGAGUUCCCCCCGCCAAGCGUGGAGGCUCGUGCCGACAUUCUUCGCAUUCACAGUCGCAAGAUGAACCUGACGCGAGGUAUCAACCUCACCAAGAUCGCGGAGAAGAUGAAUGGCUGCUCAGGAGCCGAGCUCAAGGGUGUUUGCACAGAGGCGGGCAUGUACGCCCUGCGCGAGAGGAGGGUGCAUGUCACACAGGAGGAUUUCGAGCUUGCUACGGCCAAGAUUCUGAACAAGCACGACGACAAAGAGGUCUCACUCGGCAAGCUCUGGAAGUGA